AUGAGCUUGAACAAGCUGACCCGGCCCUCCGAGCUGAUCUCCAAGGGCCCUAAAGACAGCCCUUGUUACUUCUGCAAUGAACUCUUCGAAAUGGGUCAACUACAGAACCAUCUCAAGUUAUGUGGGAGUAUUUUGGAGCAAUGCCCGCUGCGGUGUGGUGCCUGGAUCCAGAGGAAACACAAGGAGGAACAUGUCAAGGACUGCCCAAAAAUGGAGAAGACACGAAAUUCAUCAAGUCACGUGAGCGUACCACCUCCAGUGCCUCCAGCCGUCUCCGAGCACACCUGGACUCCGAGGAACGUGAACCUGGAUGAUUGCGUGUCUUACUUGGAGAAGGAGGUCGCUAAUAUUAAGUUAGUCCUCACAGAAGAAAGCAGCCGUCGCGAGGUCCAGUCAACUGAACUCGAGACUAUUCGUUCUAAAAUAGUGCUGGUGGAAGAACGCAGUCAGCACUUUCUAUCUACCCUCGUGUCUCUCCGAGCAGCUGUUGAUGAUGAGGCGGAACGUUCAGCCAACUGGGCGGCACAGUUCAAGCAUGACCUGGCCAAUGUGCAGCUGGCAUUACAGGAACUACAAGGCCAGCAGUUGUCAACAGUGAUGAGAUUGGAAAGCACGGUGAGCGGACUGGUGCACGAGCAAAAUGAAAGAGAACUGCUUGAACAGGCCCUCACGCAGCACGACAGUAAAAUUAGAACAGUUAAAAAAUUAGUAACUAGUAAAGCUUGGAAAGAAUAUCACGAGAAAAAGGAAACUGAGAAAAAUAAAAAAACAGCAAGAAAAAGACGAAAGAGCUAG